UGUUCGCGAUUCAUACGUUUUAGACUGUUGCAGUUUUUAACAUUUAUUUCGUGUAUUUUUUAAUGUGUAUACAAGGUGUUCAUUUAUAAAUCGACAGUUUAUGAUUUAAUUAUUUAAUACGGUUAUACAGAAUCAAAACAAAAUAUUUUGACCAAUAGAAGAGAAGAAGUGACUGACAGCGGAACGUGAGCUAAUCGCGGAUUGGUCUUUACUUGGAGCGCUGUGGCGCCUCUCCGACCUUAUAAAUAACAGCGCGAACUCGCAGCAGACCUCUUUUCCACAGUAUUAUUUCGAGGGGAUUUUGUUGGGUUAUUUUUGUGAGCUAACUCCAAAUUCAGAAUGCCGGAGACUGCAAAAAUGAAUGGAUAUGCAAAAACAAACGGGCACAGUUAUGACAUGGAAGAUGGAUCAGUGUUUUUAUUUACAUCAGAAUCCGUCGGCGAGGGACAUCCAGACAAAAUGUGCGACCAAAUAAGCGAUGCAGUUCUUGACGCUCAUUUAAAACAAGAUCCUGAUGCAAAAGUAGCAUGUGAAACGGUUACUAAAACUGGUAUGAUUCUGCUGUGCGGAGAAAUAACAUCAAAAGCCAAUGUUGACUAUCAAAAAGUUGUGAGAGAAACAGUAAAGCAUAUUGGAUAUGAUGAUUCUUCAAAAGGUUUUGAUUGGCGUACACUAAACUUGUUAGUGGCUCUUGAGGAGCAAAGCCCAGACAUAGCAGAUGGGGUGUAUCGGAACAGAGAGGAAAUUGAUUUUGGGGCUGGAGAUCAGGGAUUGAUGUUUGGAUAUGCUACGGACGAAACGGAGGAAUGCAUGCCCCUCACAGUGGUGCUUGCCCACAAACUGAACCAGAAGAUUGCAGAGCUCAGACGAAAUGGAGAAUUCUGGUGGGCACGUCCUGAUUCCAAAUCACAGGUGACAUGCGAGUACAUCUUCGCGGGGGGCGCCACAGUGCCGCAAAGGGUCCACACAGUUGUUGUAUCACUGCAACAUUCCGGAAAAAUAACGUUGGAGCAACUUCGCGAGGAGAUCAGAGAGAAGGUUAUCAAGGAAGUAAUCCCAGACCAGUACUUUGAUGACAGGACUAUCGUUCACAUCAAUCCUUCAGGACUAUUCAUCAUUGGUGGACCUCAGUCUGACGCCGGUUUGACGGGACGUAAGAUAAUAGUGGACACGUACGGUGGAUGGGGUGCACAUGGCGGCGGCGCGUUCUCAGGCAAGGACUUCACCAAGGUGGACCGCUCGGCCGCGUACGCCGCGCGCUGGGUCGCCAAGUCCCUCGUACGCGCCGGACUCUGCAGGCGCUGCAUGGUGCAGGUAGCGUAUGCGAUCGGUGUGGCGGAGCCGCUGUCGAUCACGGUGUUCGACUACGGCACCUCGCACAAGACUCAGCAGGAGCUGCUCUCCAUUGUACAGAAGAACUUUGAUCUCCGCCCAGGAAAGAUUGUCAAAGAGCUGAACUUGAAGGCGCCGAUAUAUCAGAAGACGAGUACUUACGGUCACUUUGGUCGGGAGGGCUUCCCCUGGGAGACGCCCAAGCCGCUCAUCGUAGAUUGACUUGCGUCAGCGCUCGCAUCUAGCACCUUGUAAAUAUUCCACCAGUAUGUUUUGAAACACCUAAUCUACGUGUGUUUUGUAGCGAGAGCACGGAGAUAAUAUCGCUGAUGUCUCUCUAUAGGUUAUUAUAGUUAACGCGACGAAAUCUUGCGAAUGAAACUGCCAUUGCGUGGGAAUGAUCGAUGCAUACGGACGAGUUACAUUCGUGUUGGCGACCGACAUUUUAUUUAUUUAAAUAUCGACAAAGCUAUCUGAACCGGUGGGCAUAAGUCAAACUAAAUUAUGACAGCCCAAUAGCGCCACCUGUCAACGAUAAAAAAUGUUAAAAUCCUUUUUGCACUGUAGUUGUCAUGUCAUUAUUUCUUUUAUGUCUUUUUGUUACUGAGCAGGUUUUAUAUUUAUAUUCUUAUGUAUUAUGUAUAAGCAGGUUUUAUAUAUAUUCCGGCAGAAGCAACCGCGAUUGCAGUGCCCCUCACCGGUUCAGAUAUCCUUGUUGGAAUAUACAUUUAACUUAAGUGUCGAGUCUUGUAAUAGUUUCUCAAUAUUUAAGCAAAAAUCUUAUUUUAUAAAUAUCAGGCAUUUCUCAUAUGUUCUGAAAAAAUUACUAAUAUAAUAAUAAUUUUGAUUUUCAAACAUGAAUUUUUAUACUGAGAUUUUGGAAGCCUAUACUUAUGUAACUUGUUCUGUAAGGACGGUUGCAUUUGCGCGAUUCAGUGUAUGUUAUUAUUAAGUAUUCGUUAGUUUAGAUGCAUAGGCGUAAUGGUGACGUCAUCUCUGAAUUUGAGUUAGUUCCGGCUCCCAGCGGGCAGUUCUAUCAUUUAAGGCGGUCACCAAGUCAUAUCUGUAUCCAUAUAUAUAUCAAAUCACGGGUCAAUAUAACAUAUGUAUCUGGUUUCAAUUACCAAAGAUAUAACCCUCUACGAACAGACAAAUACAUGAUUUUUUAUAUUAAUGGAAUAACGGAUAAAAUAAAAGAUUGUCACAAAAUAUACUCAAUUGUAUUUGAGUUUUGUGACAUCUGUACUGUACUAUAAAAUUUAUAAAUGUUUCUUCUAUGGAUUCCUCAAAUAGUGCUGUCUGGCUUAUGACAGGGUUCAUAAAUGUUCCUUGGCCAAAAGACAACAUGAAAUGUUAGAAUAAUAAGUACUGUGUCUCCUAAUUUACCUGCAUGUGAUAUAUCCAAUGCCAUUUUCAUACAUUAAUGGAUUUAUUUGUACAAUUUUCAUUUGCACGUGAUGUCCUAUUUAUUAUAUAGCGUACAUAUGACAAUUUUAAUGUUUUUAAUUCCUUUUUAAAGCAAUUCAUACGAUGAUUAUUGGUUUUUUAAUGAAUUUGAAUUCGUUAUUUAAGUAAGGGCCUAUAAUUUUUUUUUUUUGCUGUAAAAAUGAAGUUUUCGACUUGAAUGAUGAACUGCCAUAAUCUCGAAUGUUGUAUACUGUGAGCUUUAUAUUAAGUGCUACAUCGAGGUAGAGUAGACUACUUUCCAGGUCGCGUCACAGUGGACCGAGUACGUUCUAGAACAUUCUACAUUCUGAUAUUCUAGGACCUUCUCGUUCCGCUGCAAAUGAAGUGCCGCGCGACGGGGACCCCAACUAUAUGUUUAUUUUAAGUCUAGAUAAGUGUCAGUGAAUUUUGCUCCUUUUUAAAUAGAAAUGUUGGCCAUAUUAGAUGUCGCCCCGCCGUGCGGUACAUUUUGUGUUGUGUUUCCGAAAAGGAUCAUAGUGGAAAAGAGCCAUUUUGAAAACACACCGACUCGUCCCGGGCAGUAGUGCACUGUGCAUUUAUAAUUACACACACGAACACGCCUCUAGGCGCAUUGGAAACUUGACAUUUUAUGAAACUAGAAACUAAACUUAGGAAAUUUGAAUAUUCUUAGGACGGGUAGCGAGAACUUUGAUUAUAUUUUUGGAUCUGUAUCGACCCGUUAAAAGAUUCUUAUUAACUUGCUGUGUAUUUUGAAUUUGUCAAAUUGUAAAAUUUCGACUAAUAAUAAAUAAAUUGCAUUCCCGUCCCAUCGGGAUGAAGUGCUUUUUUUUUCUUUAAUCCUAUCCCUUAGAUAUUAAGCGCAUAAAAUA